GGAACACAACACUUUUGAAAAUCCGGACCCUCGGAAGGCAGCUCGAGGGUCGGAAUUUUCGGUUUUCGUCCGAUUUUUCUUGAUUCCUGAGCUCGUGGUGGUUGGUGGGAGAGCUACAUACUUGCUGCACAUUCGGGGGUAAAGGUUGAUUAAGCAUUAACCAUGGCGAAGCAAGAGUUACUGACAGCAUUGGAGGAAAACAACACUGCAGAUUUCAUUAGCCUCCUACAGAGACAUGGUAAGAAACGCAGUAAUGUGGAUCUCCAAGAAGUCCUUUCUGAGUUCAGUCGAGCCCAGCAUGAGUUUCUGUGGUCAUGCCUCUAUGCCUGGACCAAUGAGCAGCUCACGAGAAUGGUGGUAGAGGAGACUCCUGCAGAGGGGGCUGGAGAAGUUGCUGACACACAUAGUUUAGACAGUGGACAGACUGUUCCCAUGGAUGCAGAGGAAGCUGUGCAGAAGGAACCAUACAAUGAAAAAUUAAUGGCAGCUAUCUUGGAUUUAGCCUAUAUAUACAUCAGUUCCCUAGAGGGUCAGGAAAACUUCAUACCUGAUAAAUUAUUAGAGGUAGCAGUACUCCUUCAUGGGAUGGUCAUGGUGUUUGAGGGUGCUGUGCAAGAUGGCAUUGUAGCCCUGUGUGAGAUGUGGUGGAAGCAGCAGCUGGAUGAGCGAGAGCAUGUCAUAAUCAACAUCUUGCCACUUGUGUUGGAUGCAGCAUCAAGCAAGAAUGCUCGGAGGAAAGAAGUGCAGAGUUUGUGGGCUUUGAGGGAUGCUCUGCAGCUCAUCCCACUUUCUGACCCAGAAUGUCAUUUGCUGGUAGAGAAACUGAUUGCUUGCAGUACAAAUACCCUUUUUAUCUCUUGUGAUGAGGGGAUCAAAUGGCUAUCAGGAUUAUUUUCAAGGGAAUCCAUGAUAAUUCCCAUGCACCGUGGCAUAAAGACUGUACUUCCAAGUUGCACACGAGCACAGAGCUCGAAAUAUGCGGAAGUGUAUUUCCGAAGUUGGAAGAAUAGCCAGGGUACAGUAAAGCAGAUGUUAGAGGAAGAGUGUAUCCAAGAUCUGAUGUAUGCUGCAGUACACGUCGAUCCAAUGGCUGGUCGGCUGUCAGCCAACCUCCAUCACUUUCUUCACCACUUCCAUCGUCACAAGAAACACCACACUGUUGCCACAAUGGUCUACACGCUUUAUGACCCUUUCAUGUGGAGGUCCCUCAAGGCUGCCAAUGGAUUCGUGCGUAUGAAUGCUACAGGACUUCUCUGUGAUGCCUUCCCUCUGUUGGAUAACACCAUGACUCAAGAGGAGAGGGAAGGGCUGUUAGAGAAACAGUAUCACACCAUGAUCACCUUGCUUACUGACCCUUGCCAUCUUGUGAGAAUUACAGCUAUUAAAGGUGUCACCAAGAUUUUAGCCAGUUACUGGCUCAUGAUCCCAUCGAAUAUCAUAAAGACAGUGUUCCAGAAGCUUCUGUCAGAUUUACUCUAUGAUGCCUCAUCAGCAGAAGUUAGAACACAAGUGCUCAAGGGUAUUAUCCUCAUGUUAGAUUCAAAUGAUGCUGUACCAUUUUUGAAAGAAGUCUUACCUCGUAUUGGAGAUGCCUUCGAUGAUAUCAAUGGAAAUGUUCGUUCUACCUUUGUGAAGAUGCUGUUGAAGGUUAAAUCACUGAAGAUUAUCAGGUAUUGGGACAUAGUGCCAAUGAACCACAUCCUGCAUCGCCUGGAGGAAGAUACACCUGUCAUGUGCAAACUCAUUACUCAGUUGUUGUUGAACACCUUCCAUCCCAUUCAAAGAGAAGACCAGGAACUCUUGCACCGAACCUUGGCCCUACUUGAAGAAAAUCGAGCUGCAGCACGUAGAUUUUACCAGUAUACAAGCCGCAAGCUGGAUCUCCCAAGCAAUGUACACUUCAUGCUCCUGAUACUGCGAUGUCUCCGAAAUUACUUGCUCAACCAACAAGCUCAGGAAGGGCAGCAAGAAUCAGAUCAUGAAAAUAGUAACACCAAUCCUGAAGGAAAGAACAAAUCCCAGUGUAGGAAGUCAAAAAAGCAGGUAGAAUAA